AUGGACGAGUCCGCCAGCCUGCCCCUGCCCACGCCCACGCCGCUAGAGAACGACUCAUCCGACUACAGCUACUCCUCAUAUGCCUCAGAUGACUCUGGCUUGAGCUCUCCUCCUGUGUCACCGCAGACGCCGCCGGGCUUCUAUCCAUCGCCGCCGCCCUCAGACGAGCAGCAGCAGCAGGAGCAGAGCAGCCAGCGCCAAGCCGAGCCGGCCAGAAAGAAACGCCGGGUGGGCCCCACGCCGCGCUUCACGCAGCAUCUCGACCUCAACGAUCCGUCCAAGCUACAGCUCGACCAGCUCGACUUGCUAGUCAAAACCCUCCGCACGCACCGCAAGAUCGUCGUCAUCGUCGGUGCUGGCAUUUCCACCUCGGCCGGGAUCCCCGACUUCCGCUCUUCCAAUGGCCUUUUCAAGUCGGUGCAGAAGAAACACAACCUCAAAGCGUCAGGCAAGCAGCUGUUUGACGCUGCUGUCUACCGCGAUGACUCUCUCACCGCCUCUUUCCACGAAAUGGUCCGCACCCUGUCCAAGGAAGCCGCCGAAUCAACCCCCACUGCUUUCCAUCACAUGCUAGCAAGGAUCGCCCAAGACAACCGUCUGUCGCGCCUCUAUACUCAAAACAUUGACUGCAUUGAAUCCUCAAUGCCGCCUCUAGCCACCCAGGUUCCCCUGGGUCCAAAAGCUCCCUGGCCACGCUGCAUUCAACUGCACGGCAGUCUACAAAAGAUGGUUUGCCAGAAAUGUCGCCAUUUGAGCGAGUUCGAUGGAAGUCUGUUUGAGGGACCCGAUGCCCCCGCCUGCCCGGCCUGCACCGAGACCGACGACUUGCGCACCACUACGGGACAGCGAAGUCAUGGCGUGGGUAAACUGCGACCUCGCAUCGUCUUGUACAACGAGCACAACCCCGAUGAGGAAGCCAUUGCCUCCGUGAUGAACUCCGAUAUCCGCUCACGCCCAGAUGCCGUCAUUGUUGUGGGGACUAGUCUGAAGAUCCCCGGCGUGCGCCGCCUCGUCAAGAGCUUAUGCAAGGUUGUUCGGAGCCGACGAAAUGGCGUGGCCAUGUGGAUCAACAACGAGCCUCCCGUCGGUAAAGAGUUUGAAGAUUGCUGGGACUUGAUCGUCGAGGGUAACUGUGAAGAGGUGGCUCGACUCGCUGCCCUGAAGAAAUGGAACGAUGACACCCCCGAUACCUUUGAAGAGUGCGACGCCGCGGAGAUUGAACGUCUGAAGCAACAAGGCCAGAUUUCGGUUGUGGUCGAGACCCCGAAGAAGAAAGUCAAGACGAUCAACACCGGCUUCCUUACUCCGACAUCGAAUAACGACGAGAGCGGAGCCGAGCUCGCACACAAGAAGCCAACCAACGCGGUCACUAACCCCGCAAGCAAAGGAAAGAGUCUUACCGAAAUGCUGGCUGCCAGCAAGACGAACAAUAAGAAGAAGCCAGCCAACACCAAGAACGCCUCUAAGAAUACAUCUAAGAAUGCAUCCAAGAAGCCUCGUGCUACCAAACCACAGACAUCCAAAAUCACGGAAUUCAGCAAAGUUACCAAGGGACCGAAGGCCUCGGAUUUGGGAAAGCAAGUCAAGUCGGAGAUCAGUGACAUUACCAAUGCAAUGAAGGUCCUUCCUGAAUACGGAGCGCGCAACAAUCCCACCCUCAUAUUCCCGAAAUUGGUUGGCGAAACAUAUGACGCAGUGGCCAAAGGCGAUCAAGUCUAUCAAGAUGGCCAUGAGAAUACAAUCUCCCCUGAGCAAACAGCACAGGGCGUGGCGUGA